AUGACCGGCACAAAAACUGCUUCCGAAACUGGAAAUCUACAGCAAGCAACACAAACCGAUCCGAGUUUGAGUGAAAGUUACAUCGGCUCAAAUGUCACGCCAAAGCACAUGCAUGCUCAAGGCCAAUCGAUCAGCUGUUCGAAUAGUAGUAGUAGUAGUAGUAGUAGUAGUAGUAGUAGUAGUAGUAGUAGUAGUAGUAGUAGUAGUAGUAGUAGUAGUAGUAGUAGUAGUAGUAGUAGUAGUAGUAGUAGUAGUAGUAGUAGUAGUAGUAGUAGUAGUAGUAGUAGUAGUAGUAGUAGUAGUAGUAGUAGUAGUAGUAGUAGUAGUAGUAGUAGUAGUAGUAGUAGUAGUAGUAGUAGUAGUAGUAGUAGUAGUAGUAGUAGUAGUAGUAGUAGUAGUAGUAGUAGUAGUAGUAGUAGUAGUAGUAGUAGUAGUAGUAGUAGUAGUAGUAGUAGUAGUAGUAGUAGUAGUAGUAGUAGUAGUAGUAGUAGUAGUAGUAGUAGUAGUAGUAGUAGUAGUAGUAGUAGUAGUAGUAGUAGUAGUAGUAGUAGUAGUAGUAGUAGUAGUAGUAGUAGUAGUAGUAGUAGUAGUAGUAGUAGUAGUAGUAGUAGUAGUAGUAGUAGUAGUAGUAGUAGUAGUAGUAGUAGUAGUAGUAGUAGUAGUAGUAGUAGUAGUAGUAGUAGUAGUAGUAGUAGUAGUAGUAGUAGUAGUAGUAGUAGUAGUAGUAGUAGUAGUAGUAGUAGUAGUAGUAGUAGUAGUAGUAGUAGUAGUAGUAGUAGUAGUAGUAGUAGUAGUAGUAGUAGUAGUAGUAGUAGUAGUAGUAGUAGUAGUAGUAGUAGUAGUAGUAGUAGUAGUAGUAGUAGUAGUAGUAGUAGUAGUAGUAGUAGUAGUAGUAGUAGUAGUAGUAGUAGUAGUAGUAGUAGUAGUAGUAGUAGUAGUAGUAGUAGUAGUAGUAGUAGUAGUAGUAGUAGUAGUAGUAGUAGUAGUAGUAGUAGUAGUAGUAGUAGUAGUAGUAGUAGUAGUAGUAGUAGUAGUAGUAGUAGUAGUAGUAGUAGUAGUAGUAGUAGUAGUAGUAGUAGUAGUAGUAGUAGUAGUAGUAGUAGUAGUAGUAGUAGGAGGAACGAUCGCCACUCAGCCACCGAGCGAGAGUACGAAGCCGUAGCUACUAGUAUAUGUGCCAUUACCAGAGUACAAUGGAGUUUGGAAGUUCCUUGUGGUCUCCGGCGUCAUUCUCUGGACGCAGAAAAAAAAGUUUAUAUAGAAAGCAGCGGGUCUUGA